GCCACAUUCAUACUUCACAAUUGUCGUACGUUUCACGCAUCUAGGCUAUCCCUAUUCACUUACUCCACCAUGACAGUCUCAAUGGCGGAAGACCCCGCUAACGACGUUGGCGAGAGUAUUCCCGCCAUGACUGCGCACGCUGUGAGUGUAUCACUGCCGACAUGGAAGGCAAACGUGGGAUAUGAAGAGGGGGAAGAAUGGGUCAUGAGCAAGAUGAAGACCGGCUAUCCCAGGUUUUUCAUUCAUAAGUCUAUUCAAAAGCUAGCCGCUGCAAUCGUUCAAAAAUAUGGCCGUCCCGGCGAGGCGGCCUUCCUCUUCCCCUCAAACGCCGUAGCAUCACGUUGCCUGGCCUUCUUCAACCGUCAAGCUCCGCAGCUUGAUCCCCAGAAAGUCCGAAUUGUCGAUCUUGGGCCCGCCGCCCCAGCAGCUGGCUCCAGAGCCACCGAGGAAGUAUCUCCAAGUAUUUCUGCGGUGAUCUUUCCGCAAGAACACUUCAGUGUCGCAAAGGCGUACUGGCAGCACUCAGGCGAUGGAAUCUCAAGCCGCCGAGCAGAUUAUUGCUUUAAUCUAUUCUCAAAAGGGCUAUUAGUCGACCUUCGUAAGCAAGAGGAGCCGCGGUUCUGCAAAGGACCAAAGCGGUAUCAGAAGAAGACAUCUGUAGACAUUACCGGCCAUUCGAACGGCGUUGACUCUGUGACGAAGGGAACUGGAGAUGAAGUACAGGAUCCCACGCGCUUCGUCGAGGAGCGAUUUGGGAGGAACUUGGAUCUUUCCUUGGCUGCCAACGCUAAGCUAGCAAUCCGACGUCGCAUUGCAGGCUCGUUGACGGCUGAUGUUGGACUGACAGAAGCUCUGUCUUUGGAGAGAGAUGAGGAGACGACGAGGAAAGUCGCAGGGUUCUCCGAGGACGACGUCUACCUGUAUCCUACCGGGAUGAGCUCCAUAUUCAACAGCCACCGUACUUUGCUGGCUGCGAGAGGCGAGCUGAAAAGCAUCAUAUUUGGGUUCCCUUAUGUCGACACUCUAAAGAUCGUACAGAAAUUUGGCCCUGGAUGUUUAUUCUAUGGGUUCGGAUCCGCCGAGGACCUCGACGAUCUGGAAAAGAGGCUUGCGGGCGGUGAAAAAUACCUGGCGCUCUUCACCGAGUUCCCCGGCAACCCGCUGCUAAAGUCCCCCGAUCUCCAGCGUAUACGAACGCUGGCUGACACGUACGAUUUUGCCGUGGUCAUCGACGAGACGGUUGGCAAUUUCCUCAACGUUAAUGUCCUGCCGUAUUCGGAUGUCGUAGUUAGUAGCCUAACCAAAGUAUUCAGUGGCGACAGCAAUGUCAUGGGCGGGAGUGCCAUCUUGAAUCCCAAAGGGCGCCACUUCCAAGUUCUGAAGGACACCUGGGAGUCAGAGUAUGAGGACAACCACUGGGCUGAGGACAGCGUCUUCCUUGAAAGGAAUAGUCGCGACUUCGUCCCACGCAUCGCACGCAUAAACGCUAAUGCGGAAGCUAUCUGCGACGUGUUACGAGCUCAUCCACGUGUGAAGCAAGUCAACUAUCCCAAGUACAGCCCCACGCGGCCGUUUUACGAUCAGUGUCGUAAUCCUAACGGGGGCUAUGGCGGCCUGCUAUCCGCUACCUUCUAUUCGACGGCAGAUGCGGUGGCGUUCUUUGACCACAUUGACACGGCCAAGGGCCCGAGUCUUGGGACGAAUUUUACAUUAAGUUCUCCCUAUGUAAUUCUUGCCCACUAUUCGGAACUGGAUUGGGCUGCGUCUUUUGGUGUCGAAACAGACCUAGUCAGGUUCAGUGUUGGUCUCGAGGAUACCAAAGAGUUGGUAGACACGUUCGAGCGGGCAUUGGAGGCAAUUCCGCAGUGAAAAUGAACAGUCAACCUGAAACAAACGACUGAUGGGAGGUGGAGAGAAGGAUGAGGACGGCGUGAGGAUUCUGGCACCAGAUCGGCGCGGUUCCUUCAGAGGAGAAUUUUCAAGAUGUUGGGCUGGGCCAGGUUCACGAGCACCGACUCCUCAGCCCCCUACCUACCAAGGGGACGUAGCGGGAGAAUGACAGACAGGGAGCACCUGGAAAGACGACCUGGGUGCUGCAGGCAUGGCGUUGGGUGGCGAAGGCGUGAUGUAUCACAGGGAUGGGGCUUCGGAGUCCGCAAGGCAGACUCGGUGUCAGGCGCCGCUGAGACGGACGGAAUGACAGUACCUGGGCAUCGAUGGAAGGUCCGAGUGGCAUGGGCCUGCUGGCCCUGGCCAAGAGCGAAGUCGGAGGUUUUUCAACAAACACCUCGCGGCUGGAGGGUCUGCCCGUUUUGAUUUAGAGCCUGGAAGCAUAUCCCUUAGCUUAUCCUUUCCGCAG